GUAUCAAAACUUUUAGAAAAUCCUUUUGCAGUUUAUAAAGUAUGCAGCAAAAACAAUAAGAGAGUAGUUUUUUGACAUGGAUAAUUCUUUCGAUGUACAGCUUUCCACAGGAACAGAAAGACAUAUGCUAGAGCAGAAAUUAUACCAUGCUUCUGUUACUUGGAAAAUAUCGAAUUUUAAUUAUAAUGCACAGCCUAAUGAAAGUAUAGCAAGCAGAGAAUUCCGGUGUGCUGAUGCUUCUUGGUCGGUGGUUGUUUAUCCUAAUGGAACGAAGAAAUCCAGUGGUGUUGUAUGCAUUUGCCUACACAAAAUGAAUGCCGCUACUGCAAAUCACUUAGUGUCCGUGAAAUUCAUCAUACCUUGCUAUGGAGGAAGGAAUAAAACUUGUGAACUUGACAAAUAUAAUUUUAAAGGUAAUUUCGGAGAAUGUGGGCUUUUGGAAAUAGUUAGCCGAAAGGAGAUAAUGAAACAUAAUUCAGGCUAUAUUGAAAAUGGCAUUUUUACUAUCAAGUGUGAUAUGACAGUAUUUGGAGAAAAAACGGAAUAUCAGGAAGGGAAGAUCCUACCCGAGAAAAAAGACGCUAAUUCAAGUACGUUAUCCCAAGAGUUCGAUGCAUUAUAUUUAUGUGAUGAGCCAACAACAAAAAAAGAUGAUAUUGCUACCUUGUCGACCGACAUGGAAGCAUUAUACACGAACCCGAGAUUCUCUGACGUCAUUCUGAAAGCAGGCCGUCAUGAAUUUCCAGCACAUAGACUUGUUCUAAGAAGUCGAUCAAAGAGGUUUGCAACAAUGUUCGAAAAUGACACGGGAGAUGCCGUGUUUGAUCUUGCUGACAUGGAACCGUGUACACUCGAGGAAAUGCUUCGUUACAUCUACUGUGACAAAGUGCGUCAACUAUCUCCCAAAGAAGCUCUUAGCUUAUACGUUGCAGCAAAUCAGUACGGCUUGCAAGGAUUGGUGCACAACUGCCGCAAAAUUAUGCUACAUGAGAUAUCUAUCGACAAUAUUUGCGAAAUAGCUAAUGCUGCCGAUUCGCACGCUGACCAGAUAUUAUUGAACGCUGUGAAGUUCUUUCUGAAUAAAAAUAUGAAAGAAAUUCUUAAGACGGACAAUUGGAUGAUGUUUGCCCAAGAGAACCAGAGCCUAUCGUUGAAUUUGAUUCGAUCAGCAAUUUUAAACAACUAAAUGAUUUCAGAAUUGUGUUUGCUAAAUAUGUCGCAUAAUUGACUUUUUCGAUGAAAGUAAUACUUUUAACAGAUUAAAACCUUGCUUUUGCUGGUUUAGCCUGUAAAAUACGUAUUAGCAACGAAUAACAGCUCAUUUGAGUUCAAACAAGGUUUGUUGCUUGUAAAGUAGUAAAGUCCGAUCAGAGUUGAUUU